AUGCUGGGGCCUGGAGUUCGAUACCUGGAUGCAUUUUACCUUGCUGAUAGGAUAGCGAUAGAAGGUCUCAUGCGGCUAGGGAUACUAAGAAAAGGCAAUAUCGAGAAAUUAUUGAGGACUGCUGUGAGCAAGGCUUUCUUCCCACAUGGAUUAGGCCACCACAUGGGCCUUGAUGUUCACGAUGUCAGCGCAAAACCGAUCUUGAGUUUCUGCGGAGGCGAGGAACAAUCAAUGAUUGAAUUCAGUGAGAAGAGCCCAUUGAGGCUCACGAAUGAGUUUAUGGCUCCAUGCACGUCAGAUGCAGCACCCUGGCAACCAGGAACGGUCAUCACAGUAGAGCCAGGAAUCUCUUUCUCUCGUUACGCCCUGGAAACAGUACACCUACCCAACCCAGAAGUUUCGAAGUUCAUCGACGAAGAGGUACUGGAACGGUACAUGCAUGUUGGAGGAGCCAGAAUAGAAGACGAUAUACUGAUAACCAAACACGGGUAUGAGAAUCUGACAUUGACGCCAAAAGGUAAAGAGAUGCUGGACAUCAUUCGAGAUGGAGCGGAAUGUCACCAUGGAAAUGGAUGCCCGUUUAGCAUGGAUGCCGUGCGGCGAUCCUAA